AAUAGAUCGUAGCAACUGAGUUACCCCACGUUACUCUCUGGUCUUGUUUAAUUUAAUUUGUAGUGGAUGCUGAGAAUGGAGAAGAUGGAGGCAUUAGUAGGAGAAGCAGAAGCUCAUCCUCAUCCUCAUGUGGUCGUCUUCCCGAUCCCCGUGCAGGGCCACGUUAAUUCCAUGCUCAAGCUAUCAGAGCUCCUCUCCCUCACCGGAAUUCACGUCACAUUCCUCACCUUCGAACACAUCCACCGCCGCCUCCUCCGCUUUACCAACGUCACCUCCCGCUUCGCCCGUUGGCCCGGAUUCCACUUUGCAACCAUCCCAAGUGAUCUCCCAUUUGAUCACCCCAACUCAGGCCCCCAGCUCAUGGAGUUUUUCGACUCCUUAAAAAUCACGUCCAUCCCUCCUUUACGAGAGAUGCUCGUAUCCAAUCGAAGGGAAUCUGACGUCCGGCCGCCUGUGACAUGCAUUAUAGCAGAUGGGACCCUGUCAUUCACCAUUGAUGUGGCUCAAGAGCUUAACAUUCCAGUAAUUUAUUUCCGUACUAUCAGCGCUUGCAGCUUCUGGGCUUAUUUCAGUAUUCCCAAACUCGUUGAAGCAGGCGAGCUUCCGUUUGGAGGAGAUGCUGACAUGGAUUGUCCGAUAACGUGCGUGCCGGGGAUGGAAAGCUUUCUCCGACGACGAGACCUCCCGAAUUUUUUACGAACCAAUAACUUGAGUGAUCGUUUUCUCCAGUUCAUUAUGGCAGAGACCCUUAACACGACACGAGCAUCUGCCCUCAUACUAAAUACAUUUGAGGAGCUAGAAGGACCGAUUCUCUCUCAAAUUCGUUCUCAUUGUCCGAAACUGUACACAAUCGGACCUCUCCAUGCUCUCUUACAAACCCAGAUUGCAGAUUUCUCACCUUCUGUUUCGUCCAAUAGCCUGUGGGAAGAGAACAAAAGUUGCAUAAGAUGGCUUGAUUCAAAACCGUUGAGAUCGGUGGUGUAUGUAAGCUUUGGAAGUAUAACUGUGAUGACCAGAGAAGAAAUAAUGGAGUUCUGGCACGGUUUGGUAAACAGCGGAAAGUGGUUCCUAUGGGUGAUAAGGCCGGACUUGUUAGCUGGAAAGGAAGGGGAGGAUCAGAUCUUGACAGAAUUGGUGGAGGGGACGAGGGAGAGGGGAUACAUAGUGGGAUGGGCUCCCCAGGAAGAAGUCUUGGCCCACCCGGCCGUCGGUGGUUUUCUGACCCACAGUGGGUGGAAUUCUACCCUGGAGAGCAUUUGCGCAGGAGUUCCGAUGAUCUGUUGGCCCUACUUCGCGGAUCAGCAGGUGAACAGCAGAUUUGUCAGCGAGGUGUGGAAGCUGGGUCUAGACAUGAAGGAUACGUGCGACAGAUGGAAGGUGGAGUUAAUGGUGAAAGAACUGAUGGAGAAGAAAAUGGAUGAAAUGUUGAAAUCGGCAGAUAAGAUGGCGAAGUUAGCGAGGAUGUCUGUUAGCGAAGGAGGUUCCUCUUCCUGCAACUGGGACAAACUGAUCAAAGAUAUAAAAUCGAUGUGCCUUCUGCAAGCUUAUUCCCAUGAAUAAGCCUAAAAUGUUUCCGUUACUGGUUUGGAAUAUGCAUGUUCAAUUUGUUAAUUGUGUUGUCAACCCAUUUUUGUUUCAAGGAAGGUGACCUGUUUUACUCACAGUAUCCGAAUUAAACUGAACUGGACGAGACAUUUCGUUUAA